AUGGGGAUCCUCAAUUUUAUGUUGAUGUUAGAUAUAAAUAUUUCUCCUUCUCUAAAAGUUCUACUUUUUAGCUCUGCGACAAACGGAAUUGGGGGCUACUCGGUGCUGAUGAUCGACGACAUCGAUGAGGUCGAGAAAUCAUCCAAAUCGAUUCUUACUUCGGAUUUUUAAGGUUAACGGUGGCCUGGCUGAGGCAAUGAAAGAGCUGCCUUGGCUGACGGUCAUGCCCGUCCAAGGCCUCAAUUGUUUCUCCCUUCUGAAGUUCGACACGGUCGUUUUGUCGAGAAAAGGCCCUGGACUUGGUCGAAUCCAGGAUACUCCAGCAGUUGCACCGCGCUGGAGCCGCCAAUAAAAAGUUUAGGUACGGAAAAGUUGAACCUGAGUAAUUUUAAAAAUUUUCAUUUCGGGAGGGUUUGGUGAAGCCCUUAAUUACUGGAAAAAAAACGAACGGUUUCAGAAAGGUUUUACGGAGGAUCGGACAAAGUAAAACUUGUGAAAUCUUAACUUCUCUCAAGAUUGAAGUAACUGAACUGAAACGAGGAGAAUAGGACUUGAUAUAAGAUUUGAAACAAGUAAAAUAUACCAGUAGGUAUCAUAACGCACAGAAAAGUUCUAGAAGUUUGUAACCCACCCUUUUUUUGAACAAAAACUAGUUUCUUCAUUACACUUUGAAAAAAAAAAUUGCUCCGGAUUACACAUCGGCUGUUUCCCACUCAAGCCUUUUGCCCGCGAAAAAAGAACUUUGAAACGGACUGAAAUAGACCGGAUUUUUCAAGGGGUAGGCCGCUCCAUGGCUCCAUGGGGGUUGCCUACCAGCCGACGAAUGCUCCUCUUUUUUUUUUUGAAAAGCUAAAGUUUCACCUCAUUUUUUUCGAACUCCGAGAAAUUUUAAGUAUAUUGAACUUUAUAAAAUGAAGGAACGUUUUUUUUUCUAUAUGAUUCUUAGCCUUUGAGAACUACUUUGAGCUUUCCAGGAACCUGGCAAAAAAAUUCCAAUAAGUUAGCGUUAGUUUGAAUGAAAAAUUAUGAAACAAACUUGGUCUUUUUAAUUUUUAAAUCUGUACAAAAAAAAUCGGAAGACCUCUAUAGGGACCACUUAGAGUCUCAAAAAUAAAUCUCGUUUUUGAGUUAUGAAGCUUCAAAGUCCUCAAAAUACGCACAUUAGACAAAACGCGCUAAUUUAAGCUUUUGGAGCUUCAUAACUCGAAAACAAGAUCUAUUGCGAGAAGUUUUUUUUUGUUCUGCAAUCGGGAGGUCCUUAAGUAGCUUUCUGCAAAGUUUCAUUAAAAUUUUAACCGGGGGAUGUAAAAAGUUCCCUAAAAAGGGUUGAAUAAAACACAAAGAGAGGUGCUAAAACACGAUGAGAUAUCAUAAACACAGAGACAGUUCAAGGAGGGUAUUUAUAGGCGAAUCGAGAAAGGGUAUCGGGAGACCCUUAUGAGGUAUAUCUCAGGCUCUGAAUUCUAUCGAUGGUACCUCGAGUAUACCUCUGAGGAUUUUGAGCAAAAUGAGAGGGGCCUUGAGAGAGACUCGAAAUGGCUCAGAUAUAGCUAAAAGGUAUCCUGGAGGUCUCACGAUGGAUACCUUAUGGGGUUCUUCACGAUCCAUUUUGAGAGGUAUAGUCAAUGUUUCCCGACUUGAAAGGCGAGGGAGGUGGGGCAGGGGGCGUGACGCGUAGCGUGUGCGUUCGCGGUUCUUGGCACGUGUUCAAUUCAACCGCCAUCGACUCUUUGAAAUGCCCGUUUUUCGCUCUUUUCAUUCCUUUUUCAAUUAUUUAUCGAUUAUGUUCCUGUGUGCAUCAAAAAAUAGUAGAAAACAUUGAAAAAAAGCGGUUGCCGAGCUUUUUGAAUAGUCGGUGACAAUUGAACUGAACACGUGCCAGAAACCGCGAACGCACACGCUACGCGUCCCGCCCCUUGCCCCGCCUCCUUCGCCUUUCAAGUCGGGAAACAUUGACUAUACCUUCUCGAUUCGCCUGUGUUCUUCAUUACUGUUUGGACUUGAAAUAAGAAAGUCUGGUUUUUUAUUCCCUGAAAUAAUUUUCAAAACAAAUUUUUUUUGUUGAUCCUACCUGAUUCACGUAUUUUUAUAAAUUUAUUCUGAAGAAAUGAUUUUUUAGGUAUAUGGAUUACAAGGACAAGAUUCUGAACGAAGCCCGCGCCGAGGAUGAUCCCUACAUGCCCCCUGUUGUUUAAUUUUCAUCUUUUUUUGUCCCGAAGUCAUUGUAAUUAUUGAAAUUUCUUGUUUUAGGAUGUCCUAGCCUUUUUAAUUUUGUUAUUGUUAUCGGAAUAAAGUUUUCUUCAUUUUUUAUUUUGUUGAUUUACGAUUUUAAAGUGUUGUUACUAACAUCGCUGUUACUUGAUUUUUUUCAUUUUUUUAUAAUUAUUUGAGUUUUUUUGCUUUUUUUCAGUUUUUAAGAUAGAUAAUUUUGUGAAUAUGAUCAUUAAUUUUUUUACUGGAAUUGGAAAAUAAGAGCGGCUAGAAAUUUUCGUGCAUUUUUGAAAUUUUUCAGAAGAUUUUUAAAGAUUUGAAGGUCGCUAAGUUCUAUUAUAUCAUAGUGUUUCGUGGAGAAUCCAAAAAAAGUGUUUCAAAGAUGAUAGACGAGUUUGAUUAUUUUUCAAAAAGAUUUUUUUGGCAUUUUUCAUUUUUUUAUCUGGUUUUUUUAAUAGCCAUAUUUUGUUUCAAAAAAAGUUUUUGCAUGACUAAAAAAACUGAAAUCUGCUUUAUAAAACUGUUUUUCAUGCACCUUUUGAACAGUUUAACAAGAAUUUUUGAACAAAAUUGAUUUUUUGAAUCUUUUUGAAACAGGAUGUUAUAAAAUCACAAAAUGAAACAUUCUGAAAUGACUCAAAAUUAACCGAACUCGUUCAGAUGAGCGUCCCUGGAGAAGGCUCCUUGAUGCUCUCCCCCGCCACGGCCUCGACUUCCUCUUCCAGUAACAUUUCCGUCAUUUCGACGUCCAGCGGCUCCAUCAUCUCCGUCAGCGGAGGAGGGAUCGGGCCGAUGCCCGUGCCGGUGGAAAAAGUCCGGAAAAAGUGUCCCUUUGGCGACGACUACAUCCAGAAGCUGACUCGGCUCAUGUUCAGCCAGGAGGCCGAUGCGGGCGACGAACUCGAGAAGAAUCGUUGAGGCGGUUCGUAGAUAUUGAACUUGGGCGGGGGUGUUGACGGAAGUGAUUUCCAAGGUUAGCUUGGGACUUGAAGAGACGUCUGCGCUCUCUACCUACCAGACACUAUUUUUUUUUAAUCGUGUCAGGACCUUUUCGAUGGCCCAAGCUAGCCGUUGAUUAGCUGUAACUUGAGACUUAAAGGGGCGUGGCCUGUCUGCGCUCUCCAUCAAUCAGACACUGCCUCUGUCCUUAUCGUGUCAGGAUCCUUUUUCGAAGGCUCAACCUGGCCAUGGAUCAGCUGUAACUUGGGACUUGAAGAGGCGUGGCCUGUCUAUUCUACCCACCAAUUAAUCGCUAUCCCUUUUCUUAUCAUAUCAACUCUUUUUUCGAUGGCCCAAGCUAGCCGUGGAUGAGCUAUAGCUUAGGACUUGAAGAGGCGUGGCCUUGUCUGCGCUCUCCCCCAUUGCGAACUGUCUCUUUCUCAAUCGUGUCAAGGCCCAAUUUUUUCAAAGGCCCUUGAAGAGGCGUCUGCGCUCUCUACCUACCAGGCACUAUCUCUUUUUCAAUAGGGUCAGGACCUUUUUUCGACGGCCCAAGCUCGCCGUGGAUGAGGUAUAGCUUGGGACUUGGAAAGAUGUGGCCUUUCUGCGAUUUCACCCAACUGGGAACUAUCUCUUUUUCAAUCGUGUUAGGACCCUUUUUUUUCGAUGGCCCAAGCUAGCCGUAGAUUAGCUUUAACUUGGGACUUAAAGAAGCGCGGCCUACCUGCGCUCUCCUCCAACCAGACACUAUCUAUUUUCUUAUCGUGUCGGGACCCAUUUUUAACGGCCCGAGCUAGUCGUGGAUCAGCUAUAGCUUGGGACUUGAGGAGGCGUGGCCUUGUCUGCGCUCUCUACCAACCAAACACUAUCUUUUUGUGCCAGGGCCCAUUUUCCGAUGGCCCAAACUAGAAUUGUGAGAAAACUGGUGCGACGUUUCAAAUCUUUAUUUGACGGGUCACGCCCCAUAUUAACCGUGAAUCAUUGAUAUUUUCCAGGCCUACGCGAAAACCGACGUGGCGCCGGAGGAUUUAUGGAUGGAGCCCGAAGAUUUGGACCGAGGAUCCGGCGGUUCAGCCAGCAAGUCGUCGAAUUCGCCCUAUGGACCGAACUCAAAACGGAUCACUGGCACGCAGAGGAUCCAGGCUCCGCCCAUGACCGUGAAGAGGAAAAUCAUCGAAAUGCCCAUCGAAGCGCCUAAACAGGUGCUUCAGGAGGACGGAAAUUAUUUUCGUCAGAAAUUUUUGGAUUUUAUUGAUUGAUAAGAGAAGGUGUAGCAAGAAGCUUACCGGACAGGAAAAAAACGAAGAAAAAAAUGAAUAAAUGUUUUUCUUCUCAUAUUUAAUCUUUUUCGAACGCUUCAAAAAGUUUCAAAGUCUUCAGUAUUUUGGAAAAAAAUUUCUUUUUUCCAGAAGAAAAUCCGUGAUAAAGAAGCAGGCUCCGAUCAUUGAUGACUCGAAGGACGAACCAGAAAAGGUCUUUUCCGAAAUAAAUUCUCCUGAAAGUAUCAUUUUUAGCCUUGCAAAGCAUGCGCCGGCCAGAGUUCCACAUCGACAAACGCGAUUUUGACUUGUGACGGUUGUUCAGACGCGUAUCACAUGAAGUGAGUAUGGAAAAAAUGGAGCAGUGGUCUGUGGUCUUGUUUCUGGUUCAAAGGGUCAUAGGUUCUGAUUCCUGUCGCCAGGAGAAUCUUGAGGUUUUGGGAGGGGGGAGUAUUUUCAGUUCAUCUUGGCUUAUUUUUCAAUUUUUAACCGUUUUAACAAUAAAACUUAGUACCUUAAAUCAGUUAGUUGUCUUAAUUGUCCUUAGGGAUCUUGAAAGCUCCAAUCUAGACUAGCGCAGUGGCUUAUGGGCUGUUUUUUGGUUCGAAGGGUCCCCAGGCCAAUUUCGAGUUUUGGGAGAUUUACCAGUUUACCUUAACUUAUUCCUCCAUUUUUUCGAUUUAAAAACUUUGCUCAUACUUUAAGUCAGUUCCUAGUUGGUUUUAGGAGUAUUAAAAGAUAUUUUCUAGACUAGCGCAGUGGUUUGAAGGCUUGAGUGUUGUUCAAGAGGUAACUGGUUCGGUUCCUGUCGCCAGGAGAAUCUCGAAUUUUGUGAAGUAUUUUCAGUUCACUUUGACUUAUUCUUUCAAUUUCGGGGUUAAAACUUGGGUUUUUAAUUGUUCUGAGGAAUCUUAGAAGCUCUUAAAAGGGCUAGCGCAGUGGUUUAUUUUAUGGUCUUGUUUCUAGUUCGAUGGGUCAUUGGUUCAGUUCCUGACGGCAGGAGAACCUGGAGGGAUGGUUUAUUUCCAGUUCACCCAAACUUAUUUGUUCGUUUUAACUACCACUCUUAGCACUUUAAAUCCGUUCCUAGUAUUAGAUCGGUUCCCGUCUCCGCCAAGAGAGUGGGGAAGUUUGGAAGUAGGGAUCCUUAUCAGUUUACUUUGAUUUAUUUCUUUAUUUUUUCACAUUAUGACUUGAUCUCCACAUUAAGUCUGUUCCUAGUUUUUCUUGGGAGUCUUGAACGCUUCUAUCUAGGUUAGCGCAGUGGUUUUGAGCUUUUCUAUCACUCAAAGGGUCUCAGGUUCCAUCCCUCGUCUUUGCCAGGAGAGUGGGAGGCUUUAGGCGCAAAAAGUUGGCUAUUUGAAAGUUUUUUUUAAUACUGAAUGGUAUGUUACACAUCGAAUUAGUUACCCUAGCUUUGAUGGAGCUUUUCGAAGGGAUAGCGCAGUGAUUUUCAUAGGUAACUUCUAUUCAAGAGGUCGCAGGUUCAGUCCCUAUGGGCAUCAAAAUCUUCUUUUUAGAAGGGGAAGGCGUUUUGAAUUUUUUGAGGGCCGUAGAAAACCAGCUCCUAACUUCUAUUAGGGAUUUUCGAUUUUUUCUAUGAGUCAAUUUUUUGGGAAAGAGGAAGUGUUAAUCAAACUUGUGACCUUUUGAAGAAUAGCCAAGCGUUCAAACAACUGCGCAACGACCAGAAUUCUUCAAAUGGUAAAAAAACCGGAUUUUUACAGAUGCCAUCAGCCUCCAAUCACUUCAGAUCAAGCAAACGACCUGAGAUUCAUCUUCCUUUGUUCCGAAUGUAAUGGAAAUCCGAGAUCCAAGGUUUUUUCAACACUUUAAAGGGAAUAAUAUUUCUAUUUUCCAGCCCUCUUCCCGGUCCCAAAGUCCCAAGCCGAAAAUUGAAAAAGAGGAGAAAAUGAAGGAGAAAAAGGCGAAUAAGGUUAAAAUAUUCCAGGAUUUUUAAAGCGAUAAAAAGUUUCAGACGAGUAAAGCAACAUUGAGCGCCACUUUCGAAGAGUACAAAGAAGAAAAGUUGGUUUUUCCAGUUUUGAAGGAAUUUUAGAAUCGGGAUUUCAGAAGAACGGAUGAACGCGAUGCAGGGCAAACUUUGACGCAACCAUUUUAUUUUUCCUUGAUUGUAUGA